AUGUCCGACCAAGACCUUCAUCUAAACGAAUACAGCAAAUUGCGAAGUGCUUACAAAUACCAUAUCGAUAUAUUUAAUGCGUUGUAUCAGCUUAAAACGGAAAAAGAAGAAGAAUUAAACUCGAUUUUCAAAAUGAUCACAACAGAAUUGAUUGAUUCAAAUGGAUAUCCUCCCAAAAAUAUGAUAAAAGCCAUUUUAAAUAUCAUCCCGUAUAAUAAUCGCUAUGCAAAGUCAUAUUUAUUUCUUGCCAAACUCAUUUCUGAUGAAUAUCAUAUCAAAGAGGUCAUUGAUAUCUACCCUAUUUCAAACUUCCUAUUUUACAAAGAAUAUGGAAUUAAAUUAGACAAAUCUUCUGAUUUCGGAAAAAUUAAAUCAGAAAAUCUUGACAUACUAUCAGAAAAUACAAUUCACAGAGCAAUUAUGAAUAAUGACUUAGAAAGAUUCAUCACAUUCACAGAAAGAGAUGAAUUUGAUAAAGAUCAAAAACUUAAUAGCGAUUUAUACCCAUAUUCUUACGAAGGAUAUUCAUUACUUGAAUUAUGCUGUUACCAUGGAGCAGUUGAUUGUUUCAAGUUAUUAAGAACGAAAUUCCACUCCGAAAUAACUCAAACAUGCCUAAGGCUUUCAUUUUUAGGAGGAAAUGCAGAGAUCAUGAAUGAAUGUUUGAAAUAUCAAAAACCAAAUUACCAAUCCAUGGAAUAUGCAAUUAUUUCACACAACAUUGAUUUUGUUACGUUCUUGAUGAAUGAGUACAAAUAUAAGAUCAAUUUAAAAUACUGUGGAAUUUACAAUAAUCUUGAAAAUUUUUUAGUUUAUUUCGAUCAAACUAAUGAUAUAAACAAAUGUUUUGUUUAUUCACCGAUAUUUAAUAUUCCAUCUCUUUUCGAAUACUUCCUUUCACACGAUGUAAGCAUCAAUGAAAAAGAUGAAUAUGAAAAUACCGCACUUCAUUUUGCAGCAAAAAAUAAUAGUAAAGAAACAGCCGAAAUUCUCAUUUCACAUGGUGCGAAUAUCAAUGAAAAAGAUGAAUUUGGAGAAACCGCACUUCAUAUUGCAGCAUAUUAUAAUAGUAAAGAAACAGCCGAAAUUCUCAUUUCACAUGGUGCGAAUGUCAACGAAAAGAAUCAAAAUGGAGAAACAGCACUUCAUAUUGCAGCAUAUUAUAAUAGGAAAGAAACAGCCGAAGUUCUGAUUUCACAUGGUGCAAAUAUCAAUGAAAAAAAUGAAGAUGGAAAAACCGCACUUCAUUUUGCAGCAGAAAAUAAUAGUAAAGAAACAGCCGAAGUUCUGAUUUCACAUGGUGCGAAUAUCAAUGAAAAAGAUAUAAAUGGAAAAACCGCACUUCAUUAUUCACCAUAUAAAAAUAGUAAAGAAACUGCAGAACUUCUGAUUUCACUUGGUGCGAAUGUCAACGAAAAGAAUCAAAAUGGAGAAACAGCACUUCAUGAUGCAGCAUAUAGUAAUAGUAAAGAAACAGCCGAAGUUCUCAUUUCACAUGGUGCGAAUAUCAAUGAAAAAGAUGAAUUUGGAAAAACCGCACUUCAUUUUGCAGCAAAAAAUAAUAGUAAAGAAACAGCCGAAAUUCUCAUUUCACAUGGUGCGAAUAUCAAUGAAAAAGAUGAAUUUGGAGAAACCGCACUUCAUAUUGCAGCAUAUUAUAAUAGUAAAGAAACAGCCGAAAUUCUCAUUUCACAUGGUGCGAAUGUCAAUGAAAAAGAUGAAUUUGGAGAAACCGCACUUCAUAUUGCAGCAUAUUAUAAUAGUAAAGAAACAGCCGAAAUUCUCAUUUCACAUGGUGCGAAUGUCAACGAAAAGAAUCAAAAUGGAGAAACAGCACUUCAUGAUGCAGCAUAUAGUAAUAGUAAAGAAACAGCCGAAGUUCUGAUUUCACAUGGUGCAAAUAUCAAUGAAAAAAAUGAAGAUGGAAAAACCGCACUUCAUUUUGCAGCAGAAAAUAAUAGCAAAGAAACAGCCGAAGUUCUGAUUUCACAUGGUGCGAAUAUCAAUGAAAAAGAUGAAUUUGGAGAAACCGCACUUCAUAUUGCAGCAUAUUAUAAUAGUAAAGAAACAGCCGAAAUUCUCAUUUCAUAUGGUGCGAGUGGUGUUGUUACAUAA